AUGAGUGACGAACGAGGAGGAGCAUCAGCAGAAGGAGGAGGAAAGGGAGAGGAGGAACAGCAGCAGCAACAGGAAGGGGAGGAUAAGGGAGAGGAGGAGCAGCAUCAGCAGGAGGAUAAGAGAGAGGAGGAGGAGCAGCAGCAGCAGCAGAAGGAGGAUAAGGAGAAGCAGCAGCAGAAGGAGGAUAAGGGAGGUGAGGAGGAGGAGAAGCAGCAGAAGGAGGAUAAGGAGAAGCAGCAGCAGGAGGAGGAUAGGGGAGAGGAGGAGGAGCAGCAGAAGGAGGAUAAGGGAGAGGAGGAGGAGCAGGAGCAGCAGAAGGAGGAGGAGGGAGAGGAGGAGCAGCAGCAGAAGGGGGAUAAGAGAGAGGAGGAGGAGCAGCAGGAGGAUAAGGGAGAGGAGGAGCAGCAGCAGGAGGAUAAGGGAGCGGAGGAGGAGCAGCAGCAGGAGGAGGAUAAGGAGAAGCAGCAGCAGGCGGAGGAUAAGGGAGAGGAGGAGGAGCAGCAGCAGCAGGAGGAUAAGGGAGAGGAGGAGCAGCAGCAGCAGAAGGAGGAUAAGGGAGAGGAUAAGGAGAAGCAGCAGCAAGAGGGGGAUAAGGGAGAGGAGGAGCAGCAGCAGCAGGAGGAUAAGGGAGAGGAGGAGCAGCAGCAGCAGAAGGAGGAUAAGGGAGAGGAUAAGGAGAAGCAGCAGCAGGAGGAGGAUAAGGGAGAGGGGAAGGAGGAGGAGCUGCAGCAGCAGCAACUGGAAGAGGAGGAGCAGCUGCAGCAGCAGCAGGGGAAAGAGGAUAAGGGAGAAGAUGAUGUGGAGGAGGAGAUAAAGGAGCAGCAGCAACAGCAACAGGGGGAGGAGGCAGAGGAUAAGAAAGAGGUGGAGGAGCAUCAACAGCAGCAGGAUAAGGGAGAGGAGGAGGAGGAGCAGCAGCAGGAGGAUAAGGGGGAGGAGGAGCAGCAGAAGGAGGAUAAGGAGAAGCAGCAGCAAGAGGAGGAUAAGGGAGAGGAGGAGCAGCAGCAGCAGCAGAAGGAGGAUAAGGGAGAGGAUAAGGAGAAACAGCAGCAGGAGGAGGAUAAGGGAGAGGGGAAGGAGGAGGAGGAGCAGCAGCAGCAGCAACAACAGGAAGAGGAGGAGCAGCUGCAGCAGCAGCAGCAGGGGAAAGAGGAUAAGGGAGAAGAUGAUGAUGAGGAGGAGAUAAAGGAGCAGCAGCAGCAGCAACAGGGUGAGGAGGAGGAGGAGGAUAAGAAAGAGGUGGAGGAGCAGCAACAGCAGCAGGAUAAGAGAGAGGAGGAGGAGCAGCAGCAGCAAAAGGAGGAUAAGGAGAAGCAGCAACAGAAGGAGGAUAAGGGAGGUGAGGAGGAGGAGAAGCAGCAGAAGGAGGAUAAGGAUAAGCAGCAGCAGGAGGAGGAUAAGGGAGAUGAGGAGGAGCAGCAGCAGCAGAAGGAGGAUAAGGGAGAGGAGGAGGAGGAGCAGCUGAAGGAGGAGGAGGGAGAGGAGGAGCAGCAGCAGAAGGGGGAUAAGGGAGAGGAGGAGGAGGAGGAGGAGCAGCAGGAGGAUAAGGGAGAGGAGGAGCAGCAGCAGGAGGAUAAGGGAGCGGAGGAGGAGCAGCAGCAGGAGGAGGAUAAGGAGAAGCAGCAGCAGAAGGAGGAUAAGGGAGGUGAGGAGGAGGAGGAGAAGCAGCAGAAGGAGGAUAAGGAGAAGCAGCAGGAGGAGGAGGAUAGGGGAGAGGAGAAGCAGCAGCAGCAGAAGGAGGAUAAGGGAGAGGAGGAGGAGGAGCAGCAGAAGGAGGAGGAGGGAGAGGAGGAGCAGCAGCAGAAGGGGGAUAAGGGAGAGGAGGAGCAGCAGCAGCAGAAGGAGGAUAAGGAGAAGCAGCAGCAGCAGAAGGAGGAUAAGGAGAAGCAGCAGCAAGAGGAGGAUAAAGGAGAGGAGGAGCAGCAGCAGCAGAAGGAGGAUAAGGAGAAGCAGCAGCAGGAGGAGGAUAAGGGAGAGGGGAAGGAGGAGGAGGAGCAGCAGCAGCAACAGGAAGAGGAGGAGCAGCUGCAGCAGCAGCAGGGGAAAGAGGAUAAGGGAGAAGAUGAUGAGGAGGAGGAGAUAAAGGAGCAGCAGCAGCAGCAGCAACAACAGGGUGAGGAGGAGGAGGAUAAGAAAGAGGUGGAGGAGCAGCAACAGCAGCAGGAUAAGGGAGAGGAAGAUGAGGAGGAGGAGCAACAACAGAAUAAAAGAGAGGAGGAGAAGGAGGAGCAGCAUCAGCAGCAAGAGCAACAGGAGGAGGAGGAGGCGGAUGAAGAGGAAGAGAAGGAGGAGGAGGAGGAGGAGGAGGAUGAUAUGAACGACUCAUCUGCCGUAGAGGAACAAUGUGAAGUGAGAAAGCUGGGAGAGGUACAGGUGAAAGAGGAAGUCAAGCGGGGUCAAACCGAGGAGGUUGAGAUGCUGGAAGGGGACAAUCCUAAGGGGCAGAAUCACUGUGAAGAUAAGAAGCAUUGCGAACUUCAACUUGUGGAGGAAGAUAUGGACAGGGAUAGAGAAAAUGACUUGGUCGAGGAACAUCAUACUAAGAGGAGGAAAAAAUGGUGGCAUAAAUUACUAUGCUGUUUCUGA